AUAAUCGUUUUGUGGCAAAAUGCAACCGUUUGGUUUACUUGUUGUGCUAUGUUUUUCCUUUUAUAUCGUACCACUGUGCUUAUCGAAAUCCGUCAACGGGCAAGACGUUUUGCACAACAGUCCCCGUUACAAAAGAGCGCCAAAGGGUAAAAAGGGGAAGGGGAAGUUCGAUCCGCAGGAACUUGAUAAGCCUCUUUUGGACGAGAAUUCACUAGAGGAAGAAUACGCCGAAAGAACAUUUGUGUACAAGGCCGGGAAAAAGACCAAGCCAAAGAAUAUCAACAAGAAACCCAAAAAAUCUAAAGAGGCAAAUAAACUUGAUAGACAUCCGCCAAGACCACAGCACGAUGCGAAAGCACCUCCAAACCGAAUGAAGAGAGUCUUCGUUUCCGAGGAGGGCGUCAAAUGGCCGAAUAGGACGAUCCCUUACGAAAUCGAUACAACGACUUAUACAAAUGCUACUAAUAUCAAGUCAAUAUUUUCAACGGCGGUCGAUCGAUUUAACGAGGCGGGUUGUCUCCAGUGGAUUCCCAGAACUACAGAGACCGAAUACAUCAGAGUAGUCGGAAACGAGGCUAGAUGUGCAUCGUACGUUGGACAUCUUGGUUGGAGUCAACAGACGCUUUGGAUGUACGAGAGUGGUUGUAUCUAUAUCGACAUAUCUCUACACGAGAUGCUACACGCCGCAGGAACUAUGCACGAACAAUCCAGAGCACAAGAUCGGAAUCAACUCCUCUCGUUUAACUGGGCCGCGGUGUCCAGCGGGAACGAGCUGAACUACCAAGGAUAUUCCCUAUACAACGCCAGGGAGUACGACCUUAGCUCUGUCCUACAGUAUGGAUUGACGUACGGAUCCACAACAUACAUGUAUGUCAAUGACCCAGAUUUGGAAUAUCUGACCCAGAUACAGCAGACAGAUCUCUCCUUCUAUGAUAAAGCGGAAUUGAACGCGUUCUACAAGUGUGCUGAUGACUGUAAAGAUGCCCCAAUUUGUCAAAACGGAGGCUUUGUGAAACAGAUCAAUGGUGUGUGUAGCUGUGAGUGUGUGGAGGGACUGACAGGACCGGACUGUACAGAGCUGGAUACUAGUCCUGAAUGCGGAGGCUUAGUAAAUUUGACUGUUGGAUCAAAAGACAAAAUCGAAAUGUUCGGGUAUCAAAUCAACCUUUCCUGCACAUGGUUGAUUAAGGGACCUGAAAAAACGAAGAUCAAGGUCGAAGUCGAUAGCCUCGAUCUGCCAACCAGUGACCAGGACAACUGUUACCACUACAUAGAGAUCAGGGACUAUCUGUCCGGGACGGAAGGCAAAUUAAUAUGUGGUGACUCUGGUGGUGCGAUCUUCACAAAGAAGAACCUGGGUCCUACCAAUAUGAUGGUGGUCCGCUUUGACAGUGAGCAGUACAGUGCAGUGACUCCUGGGAAGGGAUUCUCCAUGACAGUCACAGCAGAGCCAUCCGCAUGCAGUAUCCUCCCUUGUAAAUACCCCGCUACGUGUGUAGAUGGCGCCACUACUGACGAGUACACCUGUGUCUGUACUGAAGGGUAUUCUGGUACUAACUGUGAUACAGUCGCGGCUACUGCCACGGUGACAGACAGCUUUGAAGACGAUUUUACCACGCUGAUGACACAUAGCUCAACAGGUGUCGAUUUCCAAUGGUCUACAAACAAGUACUCAAACUUGAACGGCUUCACAAAAACUGCAUCCGAUGGUGACCUGAUGGCUACACUACGCAAUAACCUCUUUGCAACGGCAUUUUACUAUACUUACAGAGCAAAGCUGGAGACGUCAGCAUUAUUUGAAAGGGCCAGCCGAUGUCUCCGGUUUGAUUACGCAAUAGCUGACAACAAUGUGGGAGAUGCAUACCCAACCACUUUGACGGUUCGAGUUUUCAGUGACUCUGGAACUUCGAGUGUUGUGUUCGAUGAAAAUACUGGCAACGACUGGACCACUGGGGAAGUUGACCUUCCUGCCGUCGAUAAUAUGAAAAUUGAGUUUGAGGGAGUGUACGGCUUUCAACACCUGAUUGUUGAUAACAUACGGAUUACUCCAAAUCUGUGUAACAAAGUUGAUCCCUGUGGUAAUGUUUGUCAAAAUGGCGGAAUCUGUGAACUCAUUGUCGACUCUGCUUCUCGAUGCAAGUGUCCCUUAGGAUUCACUGGGGAGUUUUGUCAAAACGAUCUUUGUGCAAGUGUAGAUUGUAACCAGGGGAUCUGUGAAGUUGUAUCAGAAUCUCAGACACAAUGUAAUUGCAGCACGGGGUGGUUCGGAGAGUUUUGUGAUGUCGAUCCAUGCGAAAAUACGACUUGUAAACAUGGAAGUUGUGAAGGUUUGUCAGAAAAUCAGACCAAGUGCAACUGUGAAGAAGGGUGGUUUGGGGAACUGUGUACCCUUCAUGCCUGUGAAGUUGUUAACUGUAACCAGGGGAGCUGUGAAGUUGUAUCAGAAACAGAGACGCGGUGUAACUGUACCCCUGGCUGGUUUGGAGAGUUCUGUGAUGUCGAUCCGUGCGCAAAUGUGAUUUGUAACCAAGGAAGCUGUGAAAUUUUGUCGGAAAAUCAUACCCAUUGUAUUUGUGAUGAAGGAUGGUUUGGUACAUCCUGCAACAUUGAUCCAUGUUCGAAUACAAACUGCAACAACGGACAAUGCGAGGCACUGCUAGAGACACAGACACAAUGUAAUUGUGACGAAGGAUGGGAAGGGGAGAUGUGUGAUUCACAAACGUUUGUCACAUACAAAUGCGACUUUGAGACGGAAAUUGAAGAGAACUGUUUCCUUGUUGAAAGUACUGAUGACGAUUUCGACUUUACUCGAGAAAUGGGAAGUACUUUAACGGAAAGAACAGGACCUGACUCUGCGUACAACGGAAGCUACUUCAAAUACGCAGAGGCGUCCAAUCAUUUCCCUGGCGACGUCGCCAGUUUGGAGAGUAAUGUUAAUUUUAAUGCUGGAACCUAUUGUCUCAGUCUAGCCAUUAACAUGAAAGGAUCCCAUGUUGGUUCGCUGAGUAUUUUAACAAAAGACGGUUACGAGACGAUAAUUCAACAAAAGUUUAAAGGGAAACAAUCCAAAAACUGGUUUUUGUACGCUAAGGAAUUGAAUCUUUCGACCUCAACAAAGAUUAUCAUAGAAACGGUAAGGGGAGGUAGCAACAUCAGAAACCAGAGAGGAGACAUUGCUGUCGACGACAUUCAACUGACAUCAUCACCUUGUCCCACAACGUCUGACAACAAUGAUGACAAAUCAGCUAAUGGGAAAGGCAAAGGCCCUGUGAACAUAAUAAAACCUGUGGUAGACCCUUUCCGCCAAAACAAGUCGUAAUAUGAUAUCAUAAAGCGAUGUAUUUAAUCUUUAUUUAACGUGUAUUCUUAUUUGAUUUAGUGGACUCAUAAUUUCAAUAAAAAAAAAACAACAAAUAAAAUCAGAUAUUACACAAACUGUA